AAACGCGAGACAUUAUUUCUAUUUGACGAUUAGUGAAACGAUUGAUGGAGUGGGUCAGGCGGGUUGUAGUCAGAGCUGCGCCGGCGGGUGAGAGAGGACCUUUGUUCUGGUGUUGACGGUUGGGUAAACAAUGAGUUCGAAGCGGAGUCGGGAGCGGGACCGGAGUCGGAGCCACAGCCACAGCAAGAGGAAGGAGAAGCGGCGCCGCUCCCGGUCAGCUUCCCGGGACGGGAGAUGGAGGAGGAACGGCAGCCGGAACCGGAGCCCAUCCCCCAGAGGCGACCGAUGGUUAAAAUCGCGCUCGUCCCCCGCCCGAUCCCGGAGCCGGUCUCGUUCACCGCCGCCUUCUCCCCGUCCUACCUCCUCAUCCUCUUCCCCCUCCGGCAGCCCGAGCAGUGUCAGCCGCUUGCUGAGCCUCCAGGAGAAGCUGAGGCAGAAAGCCGAGAAGAAGCAGCAGCGAGAACUAGCCAAGGCCAUCGAGACCCCGGAGGAGAAGCGGGCCCGCCGCCUGGCUAGGAAAGAGGCCAAAGAAAGGAAGAAGAGGGAGAAAAUGGGCUGGAGCGAGGAGUACAUGGGCUACACGAACGCGGACAAUCCAUUCGGAGACAACAACCUGCUCGGCACCUUUAUCUGGCAUAAGGCUUUGGAAAAGAAAGGAAUUAGUCACCUGGCUGAGAAAGAUUUAAAGGACAGAAACAAGCAAAUUCAAGAGGACAACCGCUUGGAAUUGCAAAAAGUGAAACAACUACGUCUGGAACGAGAGCGGGAAAAGUGCCUACGGGAACAGGAGCUGGAGAUGUUACAACGCGAGAAGGAAGCUGAGCACUUUAAGACCUGGGCAGAACAAGAGGAUUAUUUCCAUUUACAGCAAGCUAAAUUGAGAUCAAAGAUUCGCAUUUUAGGAGGCAGAGCCAAGCCAAUUGACCUUCUUGCAAAAUACAUCAGUGCAGAAGAUGAUGAUCUAGCUGUAGAAAUGCACGAACCUUACACGUUUCUAAAUGGGCUGACUGCGUCAGAUUUGGAAGAUCUUCUUGAAGAUAUAAGGGUUUAUAUGGAGUUGGAGCAGGGAAAGAAUGCUGACUUCUGGAGAGAUAUGACAACUAUUACUGAGGAUGAAAUAAGUAACCUGAAAAAGCUUGAAGCUUCUGGAAAAGGACCAGGAGAGAGGAGAGAAGGAAUCAACACUUCAGUGAGCACUGAUGUCCAGUCGGUAUUUAAAGGGAAAACUUACAACCAGCUUCAAGCAUUGUACCUGAACAUUGAGGCAAAGAUCAAAACUGGUGGUUCAAAUCUGGACAUUGGCUAUUGGGAAUCUUUAUUGCAACAACUCAAGGCAUAUAUGGCCAGAGCCAGACUACGUGAAAGGCAUCAGGAUGUAUUGCGUCAGAAGCUUUACAAACUGAAGCAAGAGCAGGGAGUGGAAAGUGAACCAUUGUUUCCCAUUCUAAAGAAAGAAUCGGAGUCUCCCAAGGAAAAAAUGGAUGAAACCGGCCGAAAUGAAUUACAUCAGAAUAUUUGCAUGCUGAAGCAAAAUCAAGAAAUUGAAAAUGAGCCAUUCUUUUUAAUUCCAAAUAAAGAGCCUCCAUUUCCUAAGAACAGAUCAGGCGAAGACGAGGAAGCACCAGGCACUUCUGCCUCAGGCACUUCUGCCUCAGGCACUUCAGAAACAAAUGAAGAUGAUGAGAAUGCAGAGCCAGAAGCUGAAGGAGAGGCGGUGCUUACUGAGGAGGAUCUAAUCCAGCAAAGCUUGGAUGAUUAUGAUGCUGGCAAAUACAGUCCUAGGUUACUCAGCCCUCAUGAACUACCUAUGGACACCCACAUAGUAGAUGCUGAAGAAGAUCUGCAAAAAUUAAUGAUGGCAAGACAGCAAUUGCAAGUGACAGGUGAUGCCAGUGAGAGUGCUGAAGAUGCCUUUGUACGCAAAGCCAAGGAGGGAAUGGGAACUGAUGAAGCUCAGUUCAGUGUGGAGAUGCCCUUAACUGGCAAAGUCUAUCUUUGGGCUGACAAAUAUCGUCCAAGGAAACCCCGCUUUUUCAAUCGUGUUCAUACAGGCUUUGAGUGGAACAAAUACAAUCAAACACAUUAUGAUUUUGACAAUCCUCCUCCAAAGAUAGUCCAGGGUUACAAAUUCAACAUAUUUUAUCCAGAUCUUAUUGACAAAAGGGCAACCCCACAUUAUUUCCUUGAGCCAUGUGUGGACAACAAAGACUUUGCAAUUCUACGCUUCCAUGCAGGCCCUCCAUAUGAAGAUAUUGCUUUUAAAAUUGUGAACCGUGAAUGGGAGUACUCUCACAGGCAUGGUUUUAGGUGUCAAUUUGCCAAUGGAAUAUUUCAACUGUGGUUUCACUUCAAAAGAUAUCGUUACAGAAGAUAAAAGCACCAGUGUCAAAGGAUAUGACAAUUUAUUGUGUUUUGUUUGCACCCUUUCCUGAGAUUGCAACAUACACAACUGGUUGACAGAAGACUUUAAAAUGGUAUUUCCAAACAAGACACAUUUUUUUCACAAUAACGUGAGAUAAUUUUAACCCUGCCUAUACUUUUGUUUUUCUAGUAAGCUUCUGUGGUCAUGGAAAUACAAGCUUAUUAUAAAUUAUAAUACUGUCCAGCUGUAAGAACUAAAUCUCUUAAAAUGUCUAUAUCUUUUGACAUAUAUUUGUGUUGUUGCUUUGAUCUCUUUUGCAAGAACUUGGCAGUUCUUCAUUUUUUCAAUACAAUUUUUUUCAGAAGGAAUAUAGAAAUUUGGAGUAGGCUAUUUAAUCCCUCAAGCUUAUUCCACCAUUUAUGAGAUCAUGGUUAAUAUGCAGUCAAGCUUCACGUGCCUGCCUAUGUUCCAUAUCCCUUCAUAUAUGUGGCUAUCAAACUGAGCUUGAAAGUUAACAAUGUAUCUACAUCAAUUGUCAUUUAUUGAAGAGAGAACUUCUGUCAUCCCUUUGAGUGAAGAAUAUUUUAUAAUUUCAUUUCUGAACACACUGACUCCAAUUUUUAGACACUGGUCAUUUUUCCCUAUUCCUCCCACAUCCCCCAGUCCUAAACAUUCCAACUUGUGAAAAUAGUCUUGUUUCCCCAGUCUGCCCUGGUUGUCGCCCUUUAUCUUAAAAAUUUGUUUAAAUCACCUCUUGAUCUGCUGAAUGUCAAGGAAUAAAUAAGCUCUUAACAAGCAUUAUCUUGAAUUAACCAUUCUGUGAACUGACUCAGUCCUACAAUGUUGUGUCCUGUGCAAUAUUACAUUGAGAUCCAAUGUGCCAUACAAAUAUCUAAAUAUAUAAUUUUGAGUGGUGUUAUUGGCAAAGGAAGACUCCAGUUCUAUAACAUCAGGAUUCUCCAGUUCAGCAACUGUUAUAUCUGAUAUGGUCAGUUUUCACACAGUACGUUUCCACAUGCAUUGAGAUUUAUUGUAGUUAGUGUUGAUUAAAUGGUAAUGGACAAACUAGGUAGUUCCCACUUUGUUGAAUAAAGCUAUGGAUCGUUUAUAUCCACCUAAGCAGAGAACUUAAGCCGUUCAAUGUCUUGUCAGCGAGGUGGCAUUCCCAGUAUUGAAUUAAAUCCUGGACUGGGCUUGAUCCCACAUCUUUAUUUUUCAGAUCUACAGUAUGGAUAAUACUGGCAUACUCCUGAGUGGAGAUGCCUUGCAGUUUUUUAAAAAAAAACCUUAUUCUGUAUCAAUUGAAAUUUUGUCAUGCAGUGUUAGCGUUUCACACAUUGAGCUUGUGAAAUUAUUUGCCUAUCGAAACACCAAAUAUUGUAAUAAAUUUUUUUGUUGCCACUAAUUUUAAGUGUCUUUGAGCCAGUGAAGAGUAAAAGCAGGAGCAGAGUUAACUUGAAUUGACCAUUUUUCCUAAAGCUGCCAUUUACUUAACAAUGCUCUCAAAACUGACCAAAUUGCUUAAAUUAUCUCGUGCAAUUUUUUUCAUUCAGGUGAUGACAAUUUAUAACAAUAUUUAUGUCACAUUUAUAAAAAGAAUUCUAAAAGAAGUGUGUAAAAUUGCAUACAAGAUCAGUUGCUAAGUGAUAAAAAUUAUGUCAAAUUUCAGCUCUUCGUGCUGUAGUUUCAAUUGGCAAUGUGUUUAUCAUUCUGGAAUUUUCAGCUGCUCUCAGCAAGGUCUUAUUGUGCAUUGAAUCAGAAGAUGUUUCUACUCUAGUGCUGUGAAACUACAUGCAUCCACCAUAAUAGUCUGUGCGCCAUGAAAAUAAAGUGAAAAGGACGGGUUUUUUGUUUUUGUUCCUGUAAAGAAUUUUUGUGUGAGAUGCAUUAUGCAAUUCAUUGUUUAGUUUUUUUUUAAUAGCCAGAAUAAUUUUAGUUUAAUUGUGAACAUUGAAGAAAAUAAUUUGUCAUAUUUUCAGCAUAUUGUACAGUUUUCUUGAUUAUUGAUUAAAUCAGCAAAAAACUAAAAAUUCACUAUGAAGUAAGGCAAAAGAAAAAAAAGUAUUUUUCUGAUUCAAGAAAUAACUCAGGAGGGGGGAAGGUUAGAAAAAAGUUUUAAAUAAAAGUUUUUUUGCUUUUUAA